UCACCUUCCCCUCUAGGCGCUGCAAGGGAGGUAACUUGGAUUCACCCAGGUGCCGGAGGGCUGGAACCAGGUGCCACUGGCCCUUGGGCUGCUGCGAGUCAAACUGUCCCCUCCCCCCUCGCUGGCAAAUGCCCCUGUCCAGGUUGCUGCGACUUUAAUGCGAAACCGAAAGCGAAAGGCACCGAAUCCACUGGAAUUAAAUUUCCCCAAACUCUUCUGCGGACUUUUCCAGGCGCCUGGGGCGGAUCCGCCGAGCCGGGACUUUGCGCCCUCACUCACAUGCCCCCCUUUCUGCUGCCUUUCGGGGCUGAAACGUCCCCAGCCUGAUACCCUAAUGAAGCUGCCUACGUCCCGGCCCCAGCCGCCGCCGCCGGGGAUCUGACCCUGCGCCCCCGUCCUGGAGAGGCUGGCGCCCUUCCCUAGCUCUUCCCAUGCCAUGGCCCGGCUGCUGCUCUUGUUGUGCGGCAGCGUCGGGCUCCUGUCCGCCUGCACCAGCGCGGCCGCGCUGCAAGAAAGAUGCAGCACACCAAAGGAGGUCAACAAUGCAGAUGUUACGGUCGGCAAUAAUAAUCUGUUGAAUGCCAGCCUCCGGUACACAUGCAAAGAUGGUUACAAAAGGAAAGCUGGGACAUCCAGUCUCAUUGUGUGUGUAAUGGACAAAGUCACCAAAACACUCCGUUGGACCGAGCCAAAUCUACAUUGUAUUAGGGACCCUGCUCUACCUCCUGUAACUUCCAGCCCCAAACAGACAACAUCAGCACCUAGGACAGAGGCGACUAGUCUUGUCAGCAAAGAAUCAAAGACUUUUACACCAUCUAAACCACCAGUAACUGCAGAGAUUACCACAGUCCCAGUCAUGGCCUCCACACCAUCCUAUGAAAGGGAGAUCACUUCACCACUAGCAGGCCCCGUCUCACAGCUCAGGACUGACAAGCCUUCACGGGAAACACUUGCACCAGCAACAACUGAGAUCAGGUCAUCAAAGGGGCCUGCUUGCGUGAGCACGGAAGACACAACACAACGGCGCACCACAGCCACGCAGGACACACACACGACCCAGCUCUGGACGGAUGAGCCAUUGUUGGAAACAGUUACAACAGAAGGAGAUUGGUCAACAGCAGUGCCAACCAGUGUGACCACAGGAGACUCAACACAGCUUCUCACCGCAGUCACCCAUAACACUAAAGGUGCUACACGUCGAGCUUGACUUUCUGAUCUCCCCACCCAUCCGCCCACAGAUGCGCCUACUGGGUCUCCCCAACUCCUCCCUCAUCGUCUUUCACCACCCCACCCCACUCUCUGGGUCCACACCUUGUGGGUCUUGAAGCCUCUUCAGCCCCACUGGGUUGCUUAGACCCUUCGUUCUUUCACCCUCCUCCAGCUCUCUCAAUUCACACUGUAUCUCUGGGCCUCCUUACUGUCUCUCCCAAUCCGUCAUAUAGACGAAGACAACAGCAUCUCUAUACCUUCUGCACUGGCCUCAGGGGUGGGGAGUUGUGAAGCGGGCCUGGAAAGGAGGAGGAAGAGGAAGAAGAGGAGCUGCCCGUCCCUAGUCACGCAGUACUCCUCCAGCCCUGUGUUCACAUCACUGGGCAAGGGGCCUAGGCAGCGCACAUUGACCCAGCCACCUCAGCUGAGUAGGAGUGAGGCACACUAAAUCCUACCUCACAAAAGCCUGCGGAGAUACCUCAGCCCCAACCCAGCUAGCUAACCAAGCACAUUAAUAAACUUGCCUGUUCGCCUUCAUGUCUGUUUGCUAAUCUGCAGUGCCCCCUGUUGUUCUCGUCCUGCUCCCUCACUUCCCCAGCUCUGCCAGUUCACCUCAGUCACAAUCCACAGUUCCCCUGCUACUCCACAGCGCUCUGCCAGUUCAUCUCAGCCCUGACUUGCAACACUUGCAGCCAUUCCAGCCCCGGCCCUCUCAAGCAGCCACAGCCAACCCUGCCAGACUCCGAGGUGGUCUAUAAACGGACCCCGGGGACUAGGAUGAAACAUCAAAACAACUCCUGUCCAUCUGUUACUUUGGCUCAGAUGUAAAUUCAAGUCCAGCAGCUAUGAUCUAAAGACACCUGUCCAUAGUGCUGACCCACUGCACUGUGGGCCUCCCCAUCGCUACACCUGCUUGUUUUUUAAAGUAUGUCUCUAGGUAGAGCCAGCAGGAAAAAUGGGCUAAGUCCUUCUAAAUCAGAAACAGCACUUCUCUUUGAUAUGUGUCUGAGUACUGUCAGUUUUCCUAGCUUAUAAGGGAAGAAUAAAAGGCAGAGAAUAUGGCUCUGCAAGGGGAGGCUGGAUCUAGUUUUUAUUCUGAAACAAAAUUGAGACAUGGGAGAUCCAGAUAUGGACCCUCUCACCACAGUAUCUGAGCAUCACUGAAACCAGAUCUCCUGAGUCUCAGUCCAGUAGCUUCAUCACAAGACUUCCCUUCCUCUCUUUCAGUCUUAGUAAUCCAUUCAUGCUAGGAAUGAAUUGGGUUGUGCGCAGACAUAUGGUGUGACUGGGAUCAGACUUUAGAAUCACUAUGACGAUGCAGAACUGUUUGGCUGACUCACCCUGACAACCCACCCGUCUGGUCUCACUAGCUACACUCAGGACUAUAAGGGAUUCAGCAUCUUCCCUGGUGCAAAAGAGAACUAGAGGGAAGAGAGGGAGAUUCUGCAGGGAAAACCCUUAAUUAUCCUGUUACAUGAAACACUGUAGACAGCUGCAAUCCACAGGACCCUGGGCUGGAACCCAGAGUAGAGGGUGAACCCUGGUUCCCCCCACCCUCCCAACUCCCUAUUUGAUACAAGAGGAGGUGACCUGGACUGUGGGUCCCACCAGAGGGAAAGGUCCCUGGCCUGUCCCCUGACCCACUAGGUGGGUCAGCAGAGACUGCGGGGAUUGUUUUCCUCCCUUUCCCCAUGGCAGCCAGU